AUGGCGAGCACACUCACUCAAGAAGCGACGACAACCGUCACGCCCUCUAACCCUCGCGGUAUUCCAAACGCACCGUUCGUCGAUAAAGUCGAGGAUUAUGUUACUUCGCGAGCGGAUGUUGAGCCGACGCUGCGGCGGUUCCAAGAAAUGAUUGCGAAGUACCAAUUUAUGGAGCAAAACCUCCAGCGGAGAGUGGCAGGCCUCAAGGAUAAACUGCCCGACAUCCGCAAGACCUUGGACACUGUUCAGUUCUUGAAACUCCGGAAGGUGGACUCCGAACCGAUCGAGACGACGUUCGAAUUGAACGACACACUUUACGCAAAAGCCGAAAUACCACACACGGAAGAGGUUUAUCUGUGGCUUGGUGCAAACGUCAUGUUAUCAUAUCCGGUUGAUGAGGCCGAGACGUUGCUCGACUCGAAGCUACAGACCGCAAAGCAGAGCUUAUCCAACUGCGAGGAGGAUUUGGACUUCCUCCGAGAACAAAUAACAACGAUGGAAGUGGCUGUUGCUAGAGUGUACAACUGGGACGUCGUACAGAAACGCAAAGAUAAAGAAGAUGAGAAGGAGAAAGGGGAUGGAAAAGGGAAGGGGCCAAAGGGGUCGUCCGGGAGCUGA